GCACAAGGCUCUUCCCAUCUGGGCUGUGUCUCCCGCACGGUGGAGCUGAGGGGCGCAAUCUCUGAACACAAAGCGGGAAGGAGAAGGGAUGAAGGGACGGGGAUUCGUUGCUGAAUGGCUGAUCGCUUUCCUUUACAUUCGGAGCUCAUAGAAGGAGGAGGUUGUUGUAGCGGUGCUCGGGCGAGCAGUGUGUGUGUUGUACUCACUACUGGAGUAACUUAUAGAGAGCUGGUGCUAAUGAAAGACCCUCGCGUCCCUUCUGCCCCCUCGCUACAUCUGGGACGUAUAUUGGCCCUUGUUCCCUUUGCUUUGGAUUAGACCGGACAUUGUGGCUCUAUAAUAUCAUCCCGGCAGCAGCUGCAUGGAUCUCUCGCUCUGAGGAGCAUUUUCUCUGAAGACCUGGGCUGAGUGACUUCUGCGCUAAAAGGGUCUUUCAAGACAACAUCUCCUGUAUCUUAAUGAGGUAACAGCAGAAAACCAAGGAACACUUUCCUCCCCCCCCCAUCCCUCUAUCCCCUUAACAUUGUAACAACCCAAAGCUGAGAAAUGGGUCAGAAGAUCUCAGGGAGUAUAAAGUCUGUGGAUGUUCGUGACCCCCCUUAUAGGCCAGUCAAGCGGGAGUUGAGAGGUCCUGACUUUUGCAAACCCGCCCGGUUGGAUAUGCUGUUGGAUAUGCCCACUGUCUCCUUAGAGGUCCAGCAGAAGCAUGCUUGGAAUAAUGAGGACCGGUCCUUGAAUAUUUUUGUGAAAGAAGAUGACCGGAUGACGUUCCACAGGCAUCCAGUCGCACAAAGCACAGACUGCAUCAGAGGGAAAGUCGGCUACACAAGGGGCCUUCACGUUUGGCAGAUCCAUUGGCCUACCAGGCAAAGAGGAACACAUGCUGUUGUUGGGGUAUCCACGGCAGAUGCUCCAUUACAUUCUGUUGGGUAUACUUCACUAGUGGGAAGCAGUAGUGAGUCUUGGGGCUGGGACCUGGGACGGAACAAACUAUAUCACAACAGUAAAAACCAACCAGGUGUAACGUAUCCAGCCUUUUUAGAACCUGACGAAUCAUUUGUACUCCCAGAAUCUUUGCUCGUAGUUUUAGAUAUGGACGAGGGAACACUUAGCUUCAUAGUAGAUGGACAAUACUUAGGAGUUGCCUUCAGAGGACUUAAAGGGAAAAAACUUUAUCCUAUUGUCAGUGCUGUAUGGGGUCACUGUGAAAUUACAAUGCGAUACAUCAACGGACUGGAUCCGGAGCCACUGCCUUUAAUGGACCUGUGCCGAAGAUCAGUCCGCUUUGCUAUUGGCAGAGACCGUUUGCACCAAAUCGAGUCUUUACCUUUGCCUCAGGCGCUGAAGAACUAUUUACAGUAUCAGUGAGAUGUUGCGGAUGUUCUUCACCUCAGCCGGACAUCAACACAUAAAAAAAACACGGAAUAAUGCAAAAUGGCAGAUAUUGUUUACAUGGAAACAAAACACCGUUGUGGUGGACACUUAAGGCGUUAUUUAAUUUUUAAAAUAUAUAUAUUAUAAAUAUAGUUUUGCUUUCUUCUCGGAAGUCGUGCCACAGAACCCAGCUUGCGUUAGUGGGAAAAAUCCUGAUUCUCCUUAAAGUAUUAGAAUUUUAUUUCCGAACAUAAACAAGAGGAUGUCGGAUUACUCGUUGGCCUGUCACUUUGGAUCCUUUGAAAUCUAGAAAUGCUAGAGCUAGAAAAUAUAUGUAACAUCUGAUUUGGGUAAAAAUAUACUAAACUCACGUGUUAAUCUACAAAAGAAAAGGUGCAAUGCUGUUUUAUGUUGCUCGCUCCGAAACCCUUCUUGUUUUAUUCCCUACUUUCAUAUACUGACUGUACCCUUGCAAUAAAGUCUAAUUAGAGUUA